AUGGGCCUAGAGGAUGAGCAAAGGAUGCUGACCAGGUCCGGAGAUCCCAAGGAGGAGGAAGAAGAGGAGGAGGAAUUAGUGGAUCCCCUGACAACAGUAAGAGAGCAAUUUGAGCAGCUGGAGAAAUGUGUAAAGGCUCGGGAGCAGCUAGGGCUCUGUGAUGAGCGUGUGUCCUCCAGGUCACAGGCAGAGGAGGGCUGCACAGAGGAGCUCUUUGACUUCUUGCAUGCAAGGGACCACUGUGAGGCCCACAAACUGCUUAAGAGCUUGAAAUAG